AUGACUUUGCCCAUGAGCAAGGAAAAGAUCAAUCUCGGUGAUCUCGAGAAAUCAUCGGGGACGUUUUCCCCAUCGUCAACCAGAACCGCACAAGAGCACCACCACCAUCACUUGCAUCCGAGCUCCAAGCACAUUCUCAAAAAACUAUACCUGGCAAUGCUCAUAGAGGCAGCGAUAUCAAUCACCAUAUACUACAACUAUCUGCGCAUUGCCUCUGUAUACCCCAUGGUUGCGCCCACGCUAUUGGGGUGUUCUACUGCCGCGUUGGCACAAUCAAUUAAUCAGUUUCUGAGGAAAAAAUUCACUUUGAACAAGAUCUUCAAGUUUAUGGUGUGGGGGUGCAUAAAUGGGUACUUCACAGUGGCGUGGAUCAACGUUCUCAUGGUCAAUUUCGAUAACUUGUUUCUUCGCAUAUUGGUGGACCAGUUGGUGGGCUCGCCAACGUUCCAAUUGGUGUUCAACGUCUUGAGCACAAUAUGGGACCAGGGAGAGGUGUUUUCAAUAAAUGCAUACAUAAAGUCGCUCAAGUACAGUUUUUGUUUCUGGCCCAUUUUCAGCACAAUCUCCUUCACAUUCAUACCUCAGGGGUUGAUGUUCCCGUGCAAUUGUCUAGCUAGUCUAAUCUGGAACAUCAUAUUGAGUAAACUAGGCUAG